AUGAUGUUACCAUGGAAACAAAUUGUUCUGCUAUCAAUCACUGGAUGCCUUGCAGCCUGUACAGAGGAUGUCAUAUUUCAAGGGCCAAGAUGGAGGACGGAGCCGAGUGACCUCAAUUUACCGAUCAACUCCCCGGACCAGCAGGCCACCGUCACGUGCGAGGCGGAAGGGAGCCCUCCCCCGCAGUACAGAUGGUCACUAAACGGAACACUCAUUGAUCUGGGGAAUGACUACCGGCGUCACAUGUCUGGGGGCAGCCUGAUCAUUAGCAACCUGGACAAGGACCAAGACUCCGGGGUAUACCAGUGCACGGCCUUCAACACGUGGGGGUCCAUCCUCGGCCGCAGAGCCAGCCUGCAAUUUGCAUAUCUUGAUAACUUCAAAUCUCAAACGGUGAGGAACGCUGUCAACGUCCGUGAGGGCCAGGGAGUGGUUCUGUUAUGUGGACCACCUGCACACUCUGGAGAGCUGACAUUUGCAUGGAUCUUCAAUGAGUACCCGUACUUUGUCCAACAAGACAGUCGUCGAUUCAUCUCUCAGGAGACCGGGAGUCUGUACAUUGCAAAAGUGGAGCCCUCAGAUGUUGGAAACUACACCUGUGUGGUUAACAACUCUGUGACGAGGGAGAAGGUGCUCAGCUCUCCCACACCGCUGGUCCUCAGAAGUGACGGAGUAAUGGGCGAAUAUGAACCCAAAAUAGAAGUUAAUUUCCCUGAUUCAGUUCCAGCUGCGAAGGAAUCGGUGGUGAAACUGGAAUGCUUCGCUCUGGGAAACCCCGUCCCAGAAAUAAGCUGGAGGAGAACCAGCGGCAUCCCUUUCCCCAGCAAAGUGAAAAUGAAGAAUUCAAACGCCGUCCUUGAAAUACCCAAUUUCCAGCAGGAAGACGCAGGGACGUACGAAUGUAUGGCGGAGAAUCGGCGAGGCAAAAAUGCCGCACGGGGUCGUAUUUCAUUCCAUGCUAAACCCCACUGGCUCCAGACUAUGACGGACACAGCGCUGUCCAUCGAGGAGAACCUCUUCUGGGAGUGUAAGGCCAACGGGAAGCCCAAACCGUCCUACAGCUGGCUGAAGAAUGGGGAGCAAUUGACGUCUGAGGGCCGGGUACAAAUCGAAAACGGGGCUCUCUCCAUAACGUCAGUAAACCUGUCGGAUUCCGGGGUGUAUCAGUGUGUGGCCGAAAACAAACAUGGCAUUAUUUAUUCCGGGGCCCAACUAAUGGUGUUAGCUUCACCUCCCAGUUUCUCCAAAAGUCCAUUAAGGGCCUUGCUAAAAGCUCGCUCAGGCAGCGAAGUCACUCUUGAAUGCAAGCCCCAGGCCUCGCCCCCAGCAAUUAGCCUGUGGAAGAAAGGGAAUGAGAUCCUGCAGAGAAACGAAAGGAUUACUUUGCUUCCCAAUGGGACAUUAAAGAUCGCCAAUGUAACCAGACGGGAUGCGGCGAGCUACACGUGUGUCGCUAAGAAUCAGUUUGGGACAGCGAGCACAACUGGGAGGCUGCUCAUCACCGAGCCCACCAGGAUCACCAUGAGGGCCACUAACAUGGAGAUUAUUGUUGGCGAGAGCAUCGUGUUACCCUGCCAGAUUGCCUGCGAUCCAGCUCUGGAUGUUUCUUUCUCGUGGGCAUUCAACGGCCAGCUCAUCGACUUCCAGCGAGACAGCGAUCACUUCGAAAGAGUGGGCGGGACUAUAUCAGGGGAUCUGAUGGUUCGUAACAUCCAGCUGAACCACGGGGGGAAAUAUGUCUGCGUUAUUGACACUGAUGUGGAGAGCCUGUCCACCUCUGCCAUCUUGGUUGUCAAAGGUCCGCCAGGUCCUCCGGACAAAGUGGCAGUGGAAGAGAUCACGGACAGUACCGCCCAGCUUUCGUGGACUCCCGGAAGGGACAACGGCAGCCCCAUCACCGGCUACAUCAUCCAGGCCCGAACUCCCUUUACUGUGGGCUGGCAGGCUGUUGACACAGUGCCGGAGGUGGUCAACGGUAACACGCUGACAGCGACAGUGGUGGGUCUGAACGCCUGGGUGGAGUACGAGUUCAGGGUGGUGGUCCGCAACAUCGUAGGCCUGGGAGAGCCCAGUCCGGCCUCAGCUAAGACCAGGACAGAGGAUGCCAUUCCUGAUACAGCUCCCACUGAUGUCGGAGGUGGAGGCGGUACAAAGUCUGAAUUAGUGAUAACAUGGGAGCCUGUUCCCGAGGAACUGCAGAACGGAGAGGGCUUCGGGUACAUCAUUGCCUUCCGGCCUUUUGGCACGGUCAUGUGGACGCGGGCGGUCAUCUCCACGCCCGGCGUGUCGCGCUACGUCUUCCGCAAUGACACCAUCCCGCCCUUCUCGCCCUUUGACGUGAAAGUGGGGGCGUACAACAACCGAGGGGAGGGGCCCUUCAGCUCCAUUGCCACCGUGUACUCGGCGGAGGAGGUCCCCAGCGUGGCUCCUAAGAGGGUUUGGACUAGAAGUGUGUCUGCAGUGCAGAUUGAAGUGAUCUGGGAAGCUCUCCCUGCCAUCUCAGAAAGAGUGCUUGGAUAUGAGGUUGUGUACUGGGAAGACGACACCAAGCCUGACACUGUCGGCAAAGUGCGCAUAUCUGGCAACUACACGCUGGUGAACAUCACAGGGCUGAGAGCCAACACAGUGUACUACCUCUGUGUGGCCGCAUUCAAUACGGCUGGCCCCGGGCCACAGUUGGCGCCUAUCAACGCCACCACAAAGAAACCACCUCCAGAUCGGGCUCCGCUCAACAUACAAUGGACCAUGGUUGGCUCCACACUCACGAUGCACUGGGAUGUGGUAGUAGCUACGGAAGCAGAGUCAAAGGUCACUGGAUAUUUGGUGCUGCUGAAGAGACAACGCUACAACGACAUCAACACCAUCCAGACCGACAAAACCACCGUGGAGCUCAGCCUCUCGGCCAACGACAACUAUCUCAUUCAGAUCAAGGCCAUGAGUGAGGGCGGCGAAGGUGUGGGCAGCGAACCCAUCCACAUCCAUAAAUUAAGCAUGGGAGCGCGGGGCUCGGGAGCAAUCCGCAUCAGCCCAUUGUGCCUCUCUGCGGUCCUCAUCGGCGCCCUGCUCUGCUCCGCCUGGUGA